AUGCACCUUCGGAGAUAUUUAAUUAUUUGCUUCCUAAUUCUGUUCCACCUGUAUACAGCGGAUUCUCAGAAGGACCUCGUACAGCCAGACGAGACGCAUCUGGAAGGCGUACCGUUUUUUCUGAAACACCCAAAACCAUUGUACUAUACAAUGAAGGGCCAUCCAGCCACAAUAGAUUGUGUCGCAGAACCUGUCUCUCAUGCUGUGAUUGAGUGCGCUGAGCAGAUUAUCCCGUACAAAGGACCCGACGAGCCUGGAAGGCUGAAAGUCACCCGUUUAGAUUCUGACAAUCAACCCGAUCCCAAUGGAAAACGGUGGCAUUUGGAAUUACAGGUGCGAGCGAAAGAGGUGGAGGAGUGGUUCGACUCUUAUGUCUGCCGGUGUGAAGCUUGGAACAAAGUAAUCGAACUUCAGAGACCAAAAAAGGUGUUCAGCAAGGAAGCUGUUGUUAUUGAAGCAUAUUUGGAUCGCAAGUUUCAACUGGAACCGGUCUCGACCGAUUUGUCCUACGGAAAACGUUUGGUUCUUACGUGCAUCCCUCCAAAAGGUAAACCGGAACCUGAGGUAUAUUGGCUCAAAGAUGGAAAGCGUGUGAAUAAAGACAACUUUGCACAUAUCAUUCUCAACGACUACAACCACCUGAUAAUAGAAAACGUGACGGAAAAAGACGCGGGUAAUUACACUUGUGUUGCAGAAUGCCUUGGAAUGGAAUACCGGUAUGCCAUGGCGAAGGUAACCGUCACUGCAAACCUACCGACAAAUGCCUUACCAGUCUGGACAGAAUGGAGUACAUGCAGUCCCUCCGUUGUGAUAUCCGACCCCUCCAGAACAUCUGAGAAGAUUUACUGUCAGCAGUCACGUUACCGCCUUUGCGCACACUCGGCCGUUGCUCCCAUUUCAAGUACCGUUAAGAGCGGGAUCGAAACGUUGGUGGCAAGUUGUCCUCAGCCGUGGAAGCAGACGAGAAACUGUUCAAACUCUUCCUGUCCUGGAACGGGUGCCGCAACUGGGGACCAACUAGUGGAUGAACAAGCAGAAAAACAAGGUAUGGAACGGAACUUACACACCCGGGAAAUCAUCAUAUACGUGGCACUGUUUGCUUUCGUUGCCUGCAUUCUGAUUCUUCUGGUGCUAUUCUUCUGCCAAUGGAAAGGAUCACGAUCAUUUUUCCCAAAACCACUCCACUUACCGUGUUGUCUUCCCGGCACCACAGCAUAUCACUCUGAGAAGCGAGGCAUCUUUCCAAAGGACCCUUUACUUUUGAAUGAUUUCAAGCAGUCAACGAUGACAAUAAGAAAUCCCAUCACAAUGGACAUUCGACAGAAAUCAUGCGAUGGAAGAUCACUGGGUAUACCCCAAACAGAUAUAAGUUCACAGCCCAUAACUUCACUCCCCACAGACCAUCAGUAUUCUCUUCCUAUCUACGAUCGUGCGGCAAUUUCCAAUCAGUCAUCACUUGGUCUAACGUGCCAAAUCCUAGAAAACCCAUCAUCUUUCCCUCUCCCCAUAGGAUUGACAGGAACAAUCUCACACCUAGGGGUACUGCCCCCAGUCCCGUCAUGUUUUCGAGACCCCUUACUUUGUGGUGAGAAAUGUGAAGGGAACGAUGUCUUCCUGCAAAAUACUCCAUAUUGUGUUACAAGUGUUGAGCCUCUGCGCGCUAUGCUCCCAUUUACCCAAAAUCAAAGCUUGCUAACAAUGGGUGACAUGGCUGGUGCGAGUACAACAUACACAAAGAUAAAUGAAAUACCAGGAAGAAACAUCCUGCCGGAUACGCUGGACCUAAAUUCAGCUACAACAGCCACAAAUCAUCUUUUCGGCGCCCAUAAAGUUGGAUCUGUUUUCACAGAAGCAUCAUCCGGGAAAUCGUCAUCAAAUAUGGCUACAAACACAACGGCUGUUGGGUCAGUCAACGCCGAUAGUAGUAAUGGAUCUCUGGGUAUUGGCGCUACACACAGUCCGUCUGGCUUGUUAUUGGCUCAGACUGGUGAAACAGUCGUGGGAGACAGAGAAACUCGACAGUAUAACGCAAAUUACUCUAACGACUUCAACCCACCGUGGAACUAUUCUUGUGAAAUUCAGGAAACCGACGUGGUGAUCAGUGCAAACCUCACAGAAAAUGGUGGCCUAAUCUGCAGUUCCACAUCAGGAGUCUAUCUGAAAGUACCUCAAGGCGCAGUGCAUGGGAUGUCGGAGGAGCCAGUGUACGUUGCGAUAUGCCGAGAUGAACGGAUAAGGCCUAUUCUCGGUGAUCAUCAGACUCUUCUCAGUCCCGUUGUUCAGUUUGGUCCCAUAUCAAUGCACCCGCAUCAGGAGGUUGUUCUCAGUUUUCCCCAUUGUGCUGCUCUAGAUGAAGGCCCGUGGUAUCUCCGUGUUGUUGCCACAGGUGUACAGUCCGCGCUAACAAUCCCCAAAUGUGAAGACGGCAAGGGAACCAAGCCAAAGAUUUGUGAUUGUAACUCUUUGUUCCAGGAAUAUGAACAAGGACACGAUAGCGUAACACGCUCAUCCAUACUGACUUGUUGGAAGGAAGUGUGCGCAGUAGUAUCGCAAAAGGACGAAUACGAAAUUAUCAAAUCUCAACCUGGAAUAACCUGUCACAUUAACACUUCAGAGGUGCAUCUACUCACUCAACGGCCACAACGCUACUGUUUGAUUGGUGAAAGUCUGAGGCCAAAGUGUGAACAACAGAAGUUGGAAUUACUGCCAGUUUGGCCCGCCAAUAUAAGGACUGACGGGCCGGCCAAGAAAAUGCUGCGUUUGACCGCCUAUUCAGCCCGACCUACCCCAACUAUGGACUACAAUAUUCGCGUUUAUAUUUUGCCUGACAUACAGGAUAUUCUGGAGCAUGUGAAAGCAACAGAGCUCCGACUGGAUGGUUAUGUUCUUGACACAACAGAUCCCCUGCCAUUUUACGAUACGGGCCAAGGGAUGUGCUUCAGUAUCGAAGAUGUAUCCAAAGGCUGGCGAAGUAGAUUACAUAUGAAUACUCAGGAGGUUCCUUUCCGUCAUAUCUGGGGUGGAACACAACUGCCCACGUUACAUUGUGCCUUUACGCUAGAGCACAUUGACCACACGCAGAACUCAGUUUCUUGCAGAAUAAUUGCUUUCCAAGGAAUGAACUGGGAACAACGAAAAGUAUUGCAUAUUUCAAGCGACUGCAUAGAUAAUGUUACCUCAAAUACAAAUACUGUUCCAGUGGCUAUCCCAAACAACAAAAAAACAUUCUUCCGCAUAAAAGACAGCACAAGAGAAAUUAUCUGCGACUUUAUGAACAUGCAAAAUAACUGGCAAGAUCUGGCGAAGGGGAUGAAACUCGAAAGCCAUGUACCAUAUCUGGCCAAUCUCGCUAAUCCAACUGAGUCGCUGUUGAACCUUUGGGAAGCUGCGCAUCGGCAGGACCAAUAUUUGGGGGGUCUCAAAAACAUUUUUUGCCAACUCGGUCUCACGGACUUUGCAACUUCGCUAGCAGUCGAACCGGAAACCUUUUGGGAUGUACAGUGAAUUUUCAAACUUGUGGCCACUAUUUACAUGCUUCAAGAAAUGAACGCCAGUCAUGGUCCACAUCUUGACCAUUUUGAGAUAACCUAAAUAGGAUUUGAUAGAAAAAGAUAACCCUUCCGUAUUCUAUCCGGAAAUUAAAUAUACGGAAGCGCGUAUCCGACGCAAAUAGCGACUAUUUAAUAUUCAUUCAUUAGCGCCUAUUGUUACUGGAGAACCAGCCAAACAUUUCGAGUAACUAAACUGCAUUUAUCCCUCCACAAAUUCGACGCUUUUAUGUGCCAGAUGUACUGUAAAGCACCAUUACUUCUUCAUUUUUCGUUACUGUAAAUUUGAUCGUUCUGCAAAAAUACGCACACCAUGUGAAAUUGUGAAUUUUUU